GCAGGCUAGCUUAACGUCUCUGAUAAGGAAGGCUACUUCUCCUUAAAACCUCAUUGGUACUGACGCCGUCUCGGGGUUAAGGACGUUACCGUUUUUAGCAGGAUAAAUUAUUUGAAAUAAUUGAUAUUCCUUAAGUGGUCCCCUGUAAACGUCUGAGACAACAAUAUAACGUUAUAUUCUUUAAAUACGUUUCAUCCGGCCGCGGAGGAGCAGCGUAGCUAGCUAACGCUAACCGUUAGCUCGUGCCGUUGUUAGCUAAACCGAAUUAGCCGCGGAAGAGUUUCCCCGCGGGUGUUUAUGUCUUCGCCAGCGCGAAGAAAUGUUGGACGGAUCUCCGGCUCGCUGCGAUGAAGCACAGUCGGGCAACGUCGAAAACAACAACCCGAUAUCGGUGAUCUCGGGCGGCGGCGAUGGGCCGACCGCGGGCAACAAGACGCGGCAGGCGCGGCUGAAGAAACGAGGGAGGAAGCUGCGGACGACGGCGCCGCUGCAUCACCAGAAGCCUCCGAGAAACGGCCCCAGCGUCCGGCUGUCCGACCACAACAACAACAACAACAACACCACCAACAACAACCACCACCACAUCAACACUCUGGCAGCUCUGUCGGCUAACAAACCCGCAGGCCAGCCCGGUACCGAGCAGCCUCUCGGUACACAGAACCUCCAUCAGCUCAAGCACGGAGCUAAAAAAGAGCUGCUGAGAUCCAAAGGCGGCCGACCGGAGCGAGGAGCCGCGCAGCCAGGAGACCAAAUCCCCCCGAACGCGACCCCCCGCAGCCACAAGCCCAAGCAGGGCCGAAGCCCCGGAGCGGCUCGACCCGCCAAGAAGAAGGACAAGAGCAGCCCGGGCAAGCCCCUCCCCCUCCACCAGCGCGGGCCGGACGCCGCCGCAGACGAGGGCCUCAAAGACGGCGAGAAGGUCUACGCCGGGGCGAAGUUCAGCGAGCCGCCGUCUCCGAGCGUCUUACCCAAACCGCCCAGCCACUGGGUUGGCGAGGACGAGCCCCCACGGAACGACCGCCGCGAGCAGAUGAGCGUCCACCUGAAGUCGCUGCUGAGGGUCCGGGAGGAGUCGUGAUCGGGUAUCGGACUCGCGCCCAGGGACGACUAUUGGAAGACGUGCGUUGGGGGGAAAACAAGUUUGACCUUUUAACACGCUGCAACACGUCGGUAGCACAAAGUGGGCGAGUCGACGCUCGAGGACACGCGUGGCCUGAGCGGCGCGCUGCGUGCGUCCGCUCGCUCCAACGUGUCGCCGCCUGGCGCUUUUGUAGGAAGAGGAACAAAAAUGUGUUUAUUUAAUUUAAAAACUCAGUGCUCAUUAUGAGGUCGUCUCUGGCGGCAACGAGGUUGGCGAGUCACUUUUCCACCAUGUGAAGAGAUGACGCCACUCUGAACAAAGUGUGCGGCCGUGCUUCUUCUUUUAAGAGCCCGUAUAAAUGUACAAAAUAUAUUGUAAACAUAUAUUUGGGUAUAUUGUUUCUGGUUGUUUUAACAGAUUCUAGUUUUCUUACUGAGGUUUUUCCACACAAAAAAGAAAGAAAAAAAAUGUCCCCUCAGAGUCCGGCACUUGUUGAAGCUCCUUCAGCGGAGAAAGACGUUUCUAACUGAUUUAAAACUUGAUUGUGAAGCUCAAUCAGCCCGGUUGACGCUCUCGGGACAGGGUGUCCCGGGUGUCUCUUUCUUAGACGUCUCAGACAAACUAAGAUCUCCAGAAGUUCCUUCAAGGCACUGAGGACCAGAAGCUGUGAAGAACCAGAGUGCGACCUUCUGCACCGACUGAUUACAAACCAAACGCACCUUCCUUUUCUUUUUAUUUCUAUGCGUUUGAGUGGCACCUUAAUGGAGAAUUGUAUCACAGAAGCCAAAGCUGCCCGUUUUAUUACAAUGUUUUAUUUCAUUCCAGUGAAACACCUGCAGGCCACAUUUGGGUGGAAAAAGUGUUUCUUUCAUAUCUAAAUUUGAAAAUGAUAUUAAAAUAUUGGUUCCCCGUGUUAAACGUU